AUGACGGCGCCCUGGGCGGCCCUCGCCCUCCUCUGGGGAUCGCUGUGCGCCGGUUCGGGGCGCGGGGAGGCCGAGACGCGGGAGUGCAUCUAUUACAACGCCAACUGGGAGCUCGAGCGCACCAACCAGAGCGGCCUGGAGCGCUGCGAGGGCGAGCAGGACAAGCGGCUGCACUGCUACGCCUCCUGGCGCAACAGCUCAGGCACCAUCGAGCUCGUCAAGAAGGGCUGCUGGCUGGACGAUUUCAACUGCUACGACAGGCAGGAGUGCGUGGCCACCGAGGAGAACCCCCAGGUGUACUUCUGCUGCUGCGAAGGCAACUUCUGCAACGAGCGCUUCACCCACCUGCCCGAGGCAGGCGGCCCGGAAGUCACGUACGAGCCACCCCCGACAGCCCCUACCCUGCUCACUGUGCUGGCCUACUCGCUGCUGCCCAUCGGGGGCCUCUCCCUCAUUGUCCUGCUGGCAUUCUGGAUGUACCGGCAUCGCAAGCCCCCCUAUGGCCACGUGGACAUCCAUGAGGACCCUGGACCUCCACCCCCAUCCCCUCUGGUGGGCCUGAAGCCACUGCAGCUGCUGGAGAUCAAGGCUCGGGGGCGCUUUGGCUGUGUCUGGAAGGCACAGCUCAUGAACGACUUCGUGGCUGUCAAGAUCUUCCCACUCCAGGACAAGCAGUCGUGGCAGAGUGAACGGGAGAUCUUCAGCACACCUGGCAUGAAGCAUGAGAAUCUGCUGCAGUUCAUUGCCGCUGAGAAGCGAGGCUCAAACCUGGAGGUGGAGCUGUGGCUCAUCACGGCCUUCCACGACAAGGGCUCCCUCACGGAUUACCUCAAGGGGAACAUCAUCACAUGGAAUGAACUGUGUCACGUGGCAGAGACAAUGUCAAGAGGCCUCUCAUACCUGCACGAGGAUGUGCCCUGGUGCCGUGGCGAGGGCCACAAACCGUCUAUUGCCCACAGGGACUUUAAGAGCAAGAAUGUAUUGCUGAAGAGUGACCUCACGGCCGUGCUGGCUGACUUUGGCCUGGCGGUUCGGUUUGAGCCAGGGAAACCUCCGGGGGACACUCAUGGGCAGGUGGGCACACGGCGGUACAUGGCCCCUGAGGUGCUCGAGGGAGCCAUCAACUUCCAGAGAGAUGCCUUUUUGCGCAUCGACAUGUACGCCAUGGGCCUGGUGCUGUGGGAGCUCGUGUCCCGCUGCAAAGCUGCCGAUGGGCCUGUGGAUGAGUACAUGCUGCCUUUUGAGGAAGAGAUUGGCCAGCACCCGUCACUGGAGGAGCUGCAGGAGGUGGUCGUGCACAAGAAGAUGCGGCCUGCCAUCAAGGAUCACUGGCUGAAACACCCGGGCCUGGCCCAGCUCUGCGUGACCAUCGAAGAGUGCUGGGACCACGACGCAGAGGCUCGUCUGUCCGCGGGCUGUGUGGAGGAGCGGGUGUCCCUGAUCCGGAGGUCUGUCAAUGGCACUACCUCGGACUGUCUUGUCUCCCUGGUGACCUCCGUCACCAAUGUGGACCUGCCCCCGAAGGAGUCGAGCAUCUAAGCCCAGGUCGUGAGUGGAUCUCCAGACUCAGUGGAUCUGAAGAGGAAAGGAAAAAAAAAAAGUUGUGUUUUGUUUUGGAAAUCCCGU